AAUCUUUGCAGUCAGCUUCAAAAUACAUCACGACGUCGUCUCCGACAUGUUCCUAUCCCUUCGAACAUCCUUCAUUCAUCAAUUCUCAAUGUGCUAUUAAACGAAGGCUUCGUUUCAGCAGUAUCACGCGGGACGACGGAUGGACCUGAUCCGAGUUCGUUUAUCAAGGUACCAUUGAGCGAUCGAAGGCUUUGGGUAGAACAUAAGUUUCGUGAUGAACAAGCCGUACUUCGAUCGGCUUCGGCAGUCAGUAAACCUAGUUUGAGAGUCUAUAUGUCAAAGGACGAAUUGAAGGAUUUCAUCGUCGGAAAAGGUAGUAAGGGUUUAAGGUUAGGAGAAAUCUGUGUAGUACGAAGU